AUGGCGCGCGGUAUCAUCAAGCACCUGAAGCGCAUGUAUGCGCCCAAGCAGUGGAUGCUGGACAAGCUCCGCGGACGAUGGGCGCCCAAGCCCAAUGCCGGUCCCCACAAGCUGCGGGAGUGUCUUCCUCUCAUCGUGAUGCUGCGACAGCGGUUGAAGUAUGCGCUGACCUACCGUGAGGUGAAGAUGAUCGUCAUGCAGCGAUUCAUCAAGGUGGAUGGGAAGGUCCGAAGCGACAUGUUCUACCCUGCGGGCUUCAUGGAUGUGGUCCAGAUCGAGAAGACCAAGGAGAACUUUCGCCUGCUUUACAACAUCAAGGGCCGCUUUAUCCUGCACAAGGUGGCCAAGGAAGAGGCGAAUUACAAGCUCUGCCGGGUCAAGAAGAUGAUGCGAGGCGGUGACCCACGACGGACGUACCAUCCGCUACCAGGACCCUGA